GUGCUUGAUUGAACAGCAUUUAAAUCGCCCUUUGGUUUUCGUGAUAUCACGUUAUUUGAAGUGCUAUUUCAUCUACUCUUAUGCAUUACAUGAUUAAACCACACGUGCACCAGAGUUCACUGCCAAAUUUAGCCUAGUUACCUUAGAGUUCUGCUGUCCAAUGAAUCCGCAUAAGAAGGAAUUAUGCUUUGGAAUAUUAUCGGUGAUUGGCGGUAUGCUAAUUCACUUUACCUUCGGCCACUUUUAUACAGUUGCCAACAUGGUGCCGUACAUCAUGGGAUAUAUAAAGGCGCGAGUUCAAUCAGAUGUCAAAGCUGAACUUUCCAUUUGGCUCUCCGCCCUUGCUCUUUGUGUCCAGGGCAUUUCAAUGCCACUUGGCGGUAUUUUGGCUAGAAAGUUUGGUUACCGGUGGGUUGUUGGCAUCAGCUGCUUGAUGGAAAGUGGUAAUAUAUUGCUGACAUACCUGACAAUUCAAAAAUCGUUCGUUGGGGUUUUGAUAACAUACUCACUACUAAACGGUGCCGGUUUUGGACUCGGCUACUCUGUGGUUUUCUCUGUGGCAAGCUCCUGGUUCCCUGCGAGACGUGGGCUUAUCGUUGGACUAACUGUUGGCGGAUUUGGCUUUGGAGCCCUAGUUUUUACACCGAUUCAAACCGCUUUCAUCAAUCCAGCGAACCUCAAGGUGGACAAUGUUACUAGGCAGUUUACUGAUGAUUCCGUGUUAGACCGCGUCCCAUAUGCAUUUUUGAUGCUUGGUGGCAUCUUGCUAGGAUUACAAAUAAUCGGCUUCAUUCUGCUGCGAGAGAAACCGGCCUCCCAGACCAAAGAAGGGGAAACGAAGGAACAAACACCUGAUGCAGGGAAAACACUCAUUGAAAAUAAGAAUAAUCAGAACCAGAGCACAAAUGACUCCAUAGAGGAGAACUAUUCACCCAAACAAAUGCUUCGUCAUUUGGAUUUUUAUCUUCUCUGGUUUGUGAUGUUCUGCAACAUCAUCCCAAUCACCAUUAUCACAUCCGCUUACAAGUACUAUGGCCAGGCCUACAUCUCGGACGAUCGGUUUCUAUCAGCUAUUGCCACCAUCUCUUCAAUAUUCAACGCUGGUGGUCGCAUAGUUUGGGGCUUCUUUGUCGACAAAUAUUCAUUCAAGCUCCCAUUAUGUAUCUUGCUUUUAUCGUGGUCGGUUAUCUUACUAACGUUCCCACACCUGCAUUUGGCCGGAGAAACUGGACUGAAAGUUCUUUAUUCAAUCUGGGUUUGUCUUCUGUUCUUCUUGCUAAGUGGCGUAUUUGCUCUUGUGCCGGCUGCUACCGGUCGAAUAUUUGGCCCUGUCCACCUGGCAAUCAAUUACGGGCUGGUUUACACCGGAUUUGCAGUUGGCAGCGUAUUGUGUGCCCUGGUCACGACAUUCGCUGGUUCACAAAAUGUCUAUGUCUUUCAAUUCACUGGAUGUGGUUUUGUGUGUCUGUUGGCCUUGUUUACGGUUUUGUGGAUCGACGACAAAACAAUGCCACCUCGAUGGAACAUCUGCGGUUGGUGCUCCACACGCUGUGUCCGUUGGCGUGGACGUCCAAAGCAAGUGGGAACAUCCAUGGAAAUGGCGACGUAACGCUUUUCACAGACUAAUAACCUAAAGCUGCCACCUGUGCCAACGGAGCUAUUGCACCCCAUAUACACUAUUGAGUCCAGAUAUUUUCCCUCGCCUUCCCUAUCCCCUGACUAAUUCGUGUUAGUGCUAUGGUCAGAUGUGAUAUCCCACGGGCAACCGACAGUGCUCAGUCUCGUACCCCUUCAGCCCAGUUAUGUAUUUCACAUAUCGCUCACCAAAUCUACCUUGUUUUCCUAGCAAUUAUUGUAACAGAUCGUGUCAGAACUUUAAUACACUCACUUUUCAUCCGUC